AUGGCAGGUAGGCAUAAAUGCCCUAAUUUUUGUUGUUUUUCCACCCGUUUGUCCCAAAACUCCUUUCAAAUAAAGCAUUUUAUUUUCCUUGCAUGGCCAGGGGUCUUUUGUAUAAAAAAGAUAGUUAAGGAUUUUGAUUGGUGCGAAAUUGCGCAUUUUAGAGUUAACUAUAGUACUUAACUACAAAAUCGUGGCUAAAAAGUAGUUAAGAGAUAAUUUAUACAACCUACCCCAGUCUUUUCAGCCUCAUUUAGUUAAUUUUUACAUUAACUGAAAUCUUGUGCUAGAGAACACUGUACAUGUUAUUUUUAAAAAGCCUAAUUUCCAUAAUUUGAACAAGUCAGAAUAUUGGUGUCGCUAGCUUCACUGAUAAUAUAGAAGGCAAAUGGCGGGCUAUUUUGAUCACUCAAAUGUCAAUUGAUUGACAUAAUAUGUUAACAAUUUUACGAUUUUAGUUAAUUUUAGUUAAUUUGGGAUUCUGACAUGAAGUACACGCCAAGUAAACUUUGGCUCUAAGUACUGCUGGCUCAUGUUAUCGUUGUGACAAUCUUGAAAAACAACAUUUUUAAAAAAUUUCCGACCUACCGACCUGGUUUUUUAAGUCAAAUCCGAAACCAAUAAAUAAAAAAAGUCUCGCCCUAGUAUAAAAACCAAAUCUUACAUUAAAUUUUGUAAUACCACAAAAUUUAGUAGGGGUAUUUUUUUUUUAGACACACUGUAUGUAAGGUUGUGCUCUAUUACUUGCAAGUUUUUGGUAGCUUGUUAUCCACUUAAUACUUUGUUCAUGAUUUAUCUGGCAUACAGUAUUCGUCCUACAAUAUGGAUUCCAGAUAUUUCGCCGUAACACUCCUAUAACUAUCAUUUAUACAGAUUCAGAUUAUCGUGUGCAGUUAAUUGAGGCUCCUAUCAAAGGACGACCACGUUUAAAUCCUGAUUACAGAAACUAUAUACAUCUUUAUCGCAGUGAUCACUACUCAUUCUGGGACACAAAUGCUUCGUACAGUGCCUUGAUGUUGACUGAUACAGCAAACUUCAGAGGUUACAUGCAGCGAUGUUAUCAUAAAGAAUGUGAUGAUCUCAGUCAUGCUAAGGAACACAAUCUGGAGUUCUUACGAAGAUCAAUAAACGCUGUCAUUAAAACUGUUCUGGAUCUCAGUGAAGUUGGUAAGUUGAAGGAUGUGUAAACUGGUCAAUAAUUUUCAUACAGUAGUGAGUAACAAAAAACAUUCUUGAGAUAUUUAUCAGCAAUGGUCAUGAUUAGCAUCUCUAGGGAACCGGAUGGAUCUCUUCCAAUUUUCUCAACUCCCCAGAGUUUUCUGGAAGCUGGAAGAAAAUCUGGGAACGAGUGAUAGAUUUAGCUUAAAUUUUCAACUAAAUUUCUUAAUAGAUUCCUGCAAGUCUGGUGAUGUGAGUGUUACAUUCAAUUUCUUUUUGAUGUUG